AUGUCGUCUCGUGAGUCCAGCGACUACGCGGAUCCCGUGCGCGAGCUCGAAUUCGAGGGUAAACCCAACGACGUGGCCAGUAACGGCGCCGACCCGGACUUGGAGCUAGAACUCUCGCGUACGGGCACUAACGCCACUUCCGAAACCGAGGCCCGCAUUAACCGCCGAGUCUCACGCAUCCUGAGCGGCUCCCAGAACCAAGCCGAGAAGCUCGGCGUCGAUUACUCUAAUUGUCCCCCCAUGGGCGGCGGCCGUCCCUUCCCGCCGAUGCUUCCAGAUCGGGAACAGUUCGAGGUCGCCUUCGACGGGCCCGACGAUCCUCUCCACCCCUACAACUGGCCCAUCCGUAAGCGUGUGCUUCUGUGCGGGCUGCUGGGACUCAACUGUUUAGGCGUUAUCAUGGGCUCUUCCAUUUACGCGUCUUCUGUCUCGCAAAUCUGUGAAGAAUACCGCGUGGCGCCUGUGGUAGCCAUUCUCGGUAUCACCCUGUACGUGUUUGGGUUUGCCGCCUCGCCCGUUGUUUAUGCUCCGCUCUCGGAGUUGUACGGCCGUCAAAUCCCGCUGAUUCUGUCGUCUUUUGGAUUUGUAUGUUUCACGUUUGCCACGGCCGUGUCCAAAGACUUGCAGUCUAUUCUCAUCACACGUUUCUUCAGCGGCUUCGUGGGCGCUGCUCCGUUGGCCAUUGUGCCCGCUUGUAUGUUCGACAUGUUCAACACGGAAACCCGAGGAAAAGCAGUGACUGUCUUUGCGAUGGGCGUUUUCAUGGGUCCCAUUCUGGCACCCGUUUACGGAUCGUACAUCACGCAGUACACUACCUGGAGAUGGACCCAGUAUGUAGUGGGCAUCUACUCCGGAGUGAUCACGCUGAUCCUGGUGUUCAUGUACGAAGAAACCCACCAUCCAAUGAUCCUAGUCGCUAAGGCUCGUCGUCUAAGACAAGCCACCGGAAACUGGGGUAUUCGUGCGGCGCACGAAGACGCGCAGCUAUCGCUGCGCGACAUCGUGCAGAAAACCAUCAGUAGACCCAUCUACAUGCUGCUCACAGAGCCCAUUUUGUUCUGCAUCACGCUAUAUCACUCCUUCGUGUACGGAAUCCUGUAUCUGCUGCUGGAAGCGUACCCAAUCGUUUUCGAGGGCAAGUACGGGUACCGUAAGAACGGAGAACUGCCGUACAUUGCUUUGCUGGUGGGAAUGGGCGUCAACGCCAUGUACAACUGGUACGAAGAGAAGAAUUACGUGGCCAAAGUACGUGCCAACGACGGGAAACCGCUGCCGGAAGCCCGGCUCCGCACAAUGGUGAUCGCCGGAAUCGUGUUCCCAAUCGGAAUUCUGUGGUUCUGCUGGACCGGUAAUUACCCGGACAAGGUCCACUUCAUGGUGCCCACAGUAGCCGGGUCCUUCAUCGGAUUCGGGCUGAUUGGUAUCUUCCUGCCGUGCUUCAACUACAUCAUUGACUCGUAUCUGUUCUUGGCGGCGUCGGCUAUUGCAGGCAACACGUUUAUGCGGUCUUCAUUCGGUGCGUCGUUCCCGCUAUUUGCCGGAUUCAUGUUUGAAAACAUGGGCGUGAACUGGGCCGGGCUGCUGCUGGGCCUAUUUGCGCUGUGCAUGGUGCCCGUGCCGCUGCUACUGAUGAAAUACGGCAAACAGUUGAGGCAGAGGUCCAAGUUUGCGUUUGUGCUGUGA